AACACCCAAAACUCAAACCAUCCCAAAAGAAAUCCGAAAAUCAACUAGCCAAAAAUCCCCAAAACCAGACUACAAAAUCAACCCCCAAAAUCAAACUCCAAACUCCACCAACCACAGACCCCCCUCAAAAUCUGAUUUUUUUUUCUCUAUAUAUACCCAAACUAUAUAAUAAAACAAAAAUAAAAUAACAUGAGGAUGCCAAUUUGUCCGGUACUCCUUGUCUCUUCUGCAUGUGAGGCAAUGAUGGGGCUGUAGCAAUCAGCGGUGCAGAGACGCGGGAUUGGGGGCGAGGCGCGGUGUGCAGGGGGUAGGGUAGAGCAAAGCCGAGCGUGCGAGGGGCGAUGAUGGCUCGGGCGUGCAGGGGUAUGAUUGUAGGAUCAGGCGCGCAGAGGGGAGAGCAGGGGCGCGGGCGUAGUGUGCAGGGCUGGUGCAGCAGGCGGGCUCGGUUCAGGGCAGCGAUUGGGCGCAGAGAGCAGGCACGCAGAGGCCAGGGGUGCAGGGCUCGGUGCAAAGCAAGGCUGGGCGCAGGAGCAGGGGAUCCGGUUUGGGCGAGGCCGAGCAAGGCCAGGCGCAGGUUCGCGGUAAGCAAAAGGGGCACGAAGGUAGGGGUGAGGAUGCAGAGCAAGGUUCGGGUGUGAGGAAGGAAGGCUGGUUCGAGUGUGCAGGGAGAAGGGGGGAAGAAGAUUUUGGAAGAGAGAGAGGACAGGGACCUUUUCACCCCUUUUUUUUUUUUUU